AAGCAAAGUCCUCGAUGCUGUCGGCCUACUGAGGGAGUAAAGCUUUCCUCUGACUUCAUUUACCAAGUUAAAAUGAUCAGAAGUCAGUUUGCGCUGCUUUUGCUGUGUGUGGUAACAUUGGUCACUGCAGUGAGAGACACAGGAGGGAAACAGGAACAUGGGCAGGAGAUUUGGAAGAACAGAGGCAAGUGCUCGACCAAUAUGUGCCAGAAUGGAGGCCAGUGCAUGGACAGAAGUGACUAUUAUGACCCUUUACUGACCUGCAGAUGCCCACCGGAGUGGACAGGCAGGUUUUGUGAGGACGAUGUGGACGAGUGCCUUCUUGACCCCACUGUGUGUAAGAACGGUGGGACGUGUGUAAAUUUUCCUGGAGGACAUUCGUGUGCUUGUGUGAACGGCUGGUCUGGAGUCGACUGCACUGAGAAUAUUGAUGAUUGUCUAUCUUCAGCCUGCGCUUCAGGAUCAACCUGUGUUGACCGAGUGGCCAGCUUUUUCUGCCUGUGCCAACCUGGAAGAACAGGUCUGCUGUGUCAUAUUGAUGAUGCCUGUAUAAGGAACCCCUGUGGAAAGGGACAAGAAUGUUUAACUAACCCCAUCAACGGCCGUGCGAUCUGCUUCACUCCGGCCAACACUCGGGUUAUUCCUCCAGUAGAAACGGAAGUAUUGAAUUCCACACUGACAGAUACAGGAGAGGAAGGGAAGGAGGUUUGGAUAAAUAGGGGUAACUGCUCAGAUAAUCUGUGCCAGAAAGGAUCACAGUGUUUGGACAGAGGUGACCAGUACACCUGCAGAUGCCCACCACAGUGGACAGGCAGGUUUUGUGAGGACGAUGUGGACGAGUGCCUUCUUGACCCCACUGUGUGUAAGAACGGUGGGACGUGUGUAAAUUUUCCUGGAGGACAUUCGUGUGCUUGUGUGAACGGCUGGUCUGGAGUCGACUGCAGUGAGAAUAUUGAUGAUUGUCUAUCUUCAGCCUGCGCUUCAGGAUCAACCUGUGUUGACCGAGUGGCCAGCUUUUUCUGCCUGUGCCAACCUGGAAGAACAGGUUUGCUGUGUCAUCUGGUUGAUGUGUGCAUAAGGAACCCCUGUGCUGAGGGACAGCACUGUGAAACAAACCCCAUCAAUGGCCGAGCGAUCUGCUAUGACUGACGCGCGUUUGUCAAUGGGCUGAAAGCUGACAGCUCAAAGAAAACUCAGGAAAAUGAAAUGUUCAUUCUGAAGAGGAGAGAAGAGAAGGUUUGCUGUAGCCUUAAAAAUAAACAUGCCAACCACUGCGUUCUGUGUUGGGGUGGUUACUCAAAAAAAAAAAAAGAUUCAUUACAAAUUACA